AUGUCUCAACAGCUGCGAGGUGAGAGGUGAGUCCCUCAGACACUUUCUCCUGGAUACUCUAGCUUUUGCUUGAAAGAAAAUGUCAGGAGCAAAGGGGGACAGGGGGCUCUCACACCUUUAAUAGUUGUGUAGAAGAGGGCAGUGAUGGUGGGCACCCAUUGGAACUGGUAGCACAGAAGGCAGGCAGCCCAGCAAUAGGGGGAGCCAGAGCCAAUGACACGCAGAGGCCAUUAAUCCUGGUUUUGCUUCUAUCCUCCUCCCUGCUGAGUUCUGCAAAGAGGGGGAAGCUGCCAGGGCCACCCAGUGGACUGGAUGUAAGUAAGAAGGCAGGCAGGUGGAGGGUGACUGAGGACAGACUGAGGUUGGUGGGGCACUGCCCCAUUAGCUUCAGUGAGGCAGCCUCCACUGGAGGAAAAGAUUGUCAAGCAAUCCUCUUCUAUAAGACCAGGGGUCAGCAAACUUUUUUAGCAGAGGGCCGGUCCACUGUCCCUCAGACCUUGUGGGGGGCCAGACUAUAUUUUUUUUUUGGUGGGGGGGAGAAUGAACGAAUUCUUAUGCCCCACAAAUAACCCAGAGAUGCAUUUUAAGUAAAAGCACACAUUCUAUUCAUGUAAAAACACGUUGAUUCCCAGACCGUCCGUGGGCCGGAUUUAGAAGACGAUUGAGCCGGAUCUGGCACCCAGGCCUUAGUUUGCCUACCCAGGUACAAGACUGUUGGAAAUGCAGGAGCCUACAGUCCUCUUCUCAUUUGGUCACUCUCAUUUGAACAGCUCUCUGGAAAGUUUGUCUACUUGAUCCAAUGUUUGGAUCUGCCUCUAGAAAACAUAACAAUGUCAAAUACUGGUGAGCUUCUUUUAAUAAUAAUAAUAAUAAUAAUUUAUUUAUACCCCGCCCAUCUGGCUGGGCUUCCCCAGCCACUCUGGGAGGCUUCAAAAAAAAUAUAUUAAAAUACUGUAAUACAUCAAACAUUAAAAGCUUCCCUAAGCAGGGCUGCCUUCAGAUGUCUUCUAAAAGUCUGGUAGUUGUUGUUCUCUUUGACAUCUGGUGGCAGGGCGUUCCACAGGGAGGGCGCCACUACCAAGAAGGCCCUCUGCCUUUUGCGGGAGAGAGUCCUACAAGACCUGAGCAAAUACUAAGGUGGCUCUGGUCUUAGAUGCAAAAGAGGGCAGGACUCCAUUUGCAAGGAAUACCUGGUAAAAUUCCUUCUUCUACACAACUAUUUGAGGAGUGAGAGCCCUGUCCCCUUUUGCAGCUGGCCCCUCUAGUUUUAAAUUAUAAACUGUUUCAAUUCUUCAACUCACUGGUAGGGAAUCUUCAGCCUGCAGGCCUAACCAGGCCAGUCAUUUGGUCAUCCUCAUUUGGUGCACGAGGCUGCUUUGGCCAAACCAUCGUCACCUGCCCUUCACCUGAUGUCAUAUAAGGUUAAGGUAAAGAUAUGCUUGGGCCAAACUGGAGGUUAAGCUAACCCCUUUCCAGCCCCGUGAGGAGCGCGGGGAGCAUUCGCGCAACACACCUACACACUGCAGCUGACACACUAAUGUGUCGCCACACACAGUUUGGAAAGCUCUGCCCUAAAGUAACCUACUGUCCUCAGGUGCAGUAGGGAGCACUGACCCAUCACCGUGGGGAUUCGAACCACCAACCUUCUGAUAGGCAAGCCCAAGAGACCACAGUGUCAUCCAUGUCCUCUACUUUUACCUUUUUACUUUUUCCAUCACCGCUGUUCAGUUGGCUAUUUUAGGUGGAAUGGAACAGGUUGCCAUCUUGUCCUUUGCGUCAAGUAGCAAAAUAUUUUGCUUGUUUCAUUCAUUCAUUCAUCUGAUUUCUUACCCAUCCUUCACCAUAAGGCCCAAGGGCAGGUUACAGCAAUAUACUGUAGUAUGCAGUUUUAAUUGUUUAUAACAGUUACAAUUAUAAGAACAAGUGAAACCAUUUCAACCAAAACAGAGCAGUCUAGAUUCAACAAGAGAGAUGGGCCCUGCAAAAACACAAUGCUUUACCUGCCAAAGGGGAAAGCUAUUCAGUUUAUGGUGAAUGUUCUACAACAGAGGUGCUAGGUGCACCUCUGUGGCGAGGGAGUUCCACAAUUUAGGAGUGCCACUGAGAAAGCCCUCUUCCAGGUCACUACCCCCCACAUUUCCGAGAGUGGUGGAACUACCAAACGAGCCUGUUUGCCUGCCCCGACACCCAAUGUGGCCUGUAGAGAUGGAGGUGGCCUUUCAGCUAGACACCAACUUGGAUGGCUUUAAAAGAGGAUUUUCAUGGAGUUUAAGGCUAUCAGUGGCAGCUAGCCAUGAUGGCUCUGCUCUGCUUCUAUGGCUGGAGGCAGCAUGCUUCUGAAUACCAGUUGCCAGAAACUGCAGGAGGGGAGAGGGCUCUCUCUUAUGCUUGGGUCUGCUCCUGAGUUUCCCACAGGUGGCUGCUAAGAGAACAGGAUGCUAGAUGGGUCAUUGACCUGAUCCAGCAGGCUCUUCUUGGGUCCUUAUGUUCUUAGAUUUUGGGGGACUAAGUUAUUUAGGGCUUUGGGUACCAAUGUGAAUAUUGUUUGUGCUUUUUCAUUCUUUGUACAGUCAUACCUCGGGUUACAGACACUUCAGGUUACGUUUUUUUGGGUUACGGACCACCGAAACCCGGAAGUACCAGAACAGAUUACUUCUUGGUUUUGGCGGUCACGCAUGUGCAGAAGCACUAAAUUGUGCUUUGUGCAUGCGCAGAAGCACCAAAUUGCAACCUGUGCAUGAGCAGACGCACCUCUGCGAGUUGCGAAUGCUGCGGGUUGCGAAUGUGCAUCCUGCAUGGAUCAUGUUCGCAACCUGAGCGUCCACUGUAUUAUUUGUAUUUGUAAUACACCCUGAUGUUUAAUUCAUAGGUGGGUGGGGUAGAUGUCUCUUGCAUCAUGACUGCCACCAUAGUAACAGCUGUCAUCAUCUUCACUAAUACCAUAUUGGCCCGAAUAUAAGCCACACCCCCCCCAAUUCUGAUCGUGAAAAGUUAAAGUGCGACUUAUACCAUGACCUUAUGCUGCCAGCAAAGUGGCAUGGGUCCCCCCCCCCCAAGAAGCAGCCCGGGAGCCCGGGGCAACGGCACCCAUCCCGUCUGCGGCUCCCAAGCCUCCUCCAAGCUGCCAAAUUUUAAAGGUGCAGCUUAUUUGCGGGUGCGGCUUAUAUUCAGGCCAAUACGGUAAUCUUUUCACUUGUUUUCCAGUGAUUUUGACCAGCUUCCCGAUGAUGUGCCUGUUUCUGCUAACAUCGCAGACAUUGAGGAGAAGAGAGGCUUCUCUAGUUACUACGUAAGAGAAGGACUUUUCUUAUGAGUUUUGAUCUGGGGAUUGAUGGGGAAACUGGAACUGCAGGAAAUGUUUCCUUUUUGGGCAAACAGAAUGCAUCAUUUCACAAGGGAAAUUACUUGCUUCACAGCACUAAAUUUCACAAUACAGUACUGUGAUGACUGAUGGUUAUUACACAGCCUUAUCUGUUAGACUCUUUCAAACAUAAGCAAAAUUCCCUGAUAAUGUAAUCCUGUACAUUCUGAUUGGGGAACCUGCCUCCUUCCAGAUGUUGUUGUGCUACAACUCCUAUCAUUGGCCAUGCUGGCUGGGGACUGAUGAGGAGUUGUAGUCUAACAAUAUCUGGAGGGCCACAGGUUCUUCGCUCUGCCAUAGAUGUUUACUCAGAAGUACUUUGGCCACCUCAUGAGAAGAGAAGACUCCCUGGAAAAGACCCUGAUGUUGGGAAAGACUGAGGGCACAAGGAGAAGGGGAUGACAGAGGACGAGAUGGUGGGACAGUGUUCUCGAAGCUACAAACAUGAGUUUGACCAAACUGCAGGAGGCAGUAGAAGACAGGAGUGCCUGGCGGGCUCUGGUCCAUGGGGUCACGAAGAGUUGGACACGACUAAAUGACUAAACAACAACAACAAAAGCCCCUGAGAUACUCAGUGGGACUUAAUCACAGGGAAUUGUGCAUAAGAUUCUGCCUAAAUAUGCAUUAGGACAUAAUGCUAAACCAUAGUUUAGUGUUAUGUGAAUGAACUUGGGAGCAGAAGCUCUUCCCUCCCACCUCCUCUGGAGCAGCCAAGCAGAGGAAAUAAGAAGUGUUCAUUUCUGUUUUCAGCUAACCAUGGUUUGAGAUUAUGUGCAGAGCAGACAAACUCUGAUUUGUGUUAGCUAUGGUAUGAGGAAACAAGGCCACUUCAACCUGGGCCUAAACCACAGUUAACAUUAAUCCUGGUUCUGGGUUUGUACAUAACAAUAAACUACAGUUCUCUGAGAAUUGAAGCCUAAAUGGUUGUAUCAUGUUCUCAGUAUUCAGUGCAAAACCCACUUAUACUCCAGCGCCACUGAGAAAGUCAAGCACAGAAAGAUGGUUUGCAUAUUUGUAUGUUCCUGUCUUUCCCCUGCUUGUUUUAAGGGUAUAAGAAGCUUAAGCUAAGUCAGGCUACAGGUCCAAUUAAUUCACACCCCAUAGUUCUUUUCCAGGGAUGUGGAAUCUGCAGCGCUCCAGAUGUUGUUGGACUCCAACUCCCAUCAGCCGCAGCUCACAUAGCCAGUGAUGGGAGAUGAUAGGAAUUGUAGUCCAACAACAUCGAGGGUCCCAGGUUCUCCAUCCCUGGUCUAUUUUGACACUAGUUUUCCAGGCCUUUCCAAGUCACGCUGCCCAAUAUCCUUUAACUGGUGUCUUCUUCUCUUCCAGGUCUUUGUGAUCGAGGUGAAAACAAGAGGUGGAGGCAGGUAUAUGAUAUUCCGCCGUUACAGCCAGUUCUAUAACUUGCAUGCCAAGCUAGAAGAAAGAUAUGGUUCAGAAAGCAGAAACAGUCGCUUUUGCUGUCUACUCCCUGUCCUGCCUGGUAAGACAUAAAAACUUUCCUAUACCUGUCUUUCAUUCUUAGAUAAAUCUUUUAAAGAAUCAUUCAGAGUGGCUGAGUAACUGGAUAACAGUAAAUUCAGAUGCUUCCCAUGUGUUCCUCCUUUGGAUUUUCCAGCACUUGUGUCUGGAGAUGUUUGAGGAAUUCAUUAUUUAUGAAUUCAGAUACAAACUGGCCUGAUCUAUACCUACCAGGCUAAUGUGUGGAUCAGAAUGUAAUUAUUCUUUGGAUUUCACUCUUUUCUGAAUCACUUAAUUUUUUUUUUUCCAGGAAAAGUUUAUGUUGGCGCAAAGAGGGAGAUUGCUGACAGCCGAAUCCCAGUACUCAAUGCGUACAUGAAGGUAACUCUGGAAAGAACUGUCCACACUGGUGCAUGAGGUUGUCAUUAUAUUGGAUCAUAAACUGAAUGCAAAACCUAUGCAGGAUAUGAAUGAGCACUAUUCCACUCCAACGGCAUUCAAAUAUGGCUCAAAAAACCGGGGAAGCAACAAGGCAAAGAAUUGCAUUUGUUUCAUAUGAACUUUGCCGUCACGGCUUCCUCCAAAGAAUUCUGGGAACUGUAGUUUGGUGAAGGAGCUCAGAAUAGUUCCUUGGCGAUCACUGCCCACCCUUCUAGAACUAUAAUUACCAGAGGUUGCUAAGGGAAGGGAAUGACCACUAAGCCAGCUUGAAUGUUAUUAUUUUCCUUGCUGCAUUUGGUUUCAGUAAAGGACACUAACGAAUGCAAUCCAUUUUGUAGGAAUGAACCCAUGCCAAAUUCAUAGAUUUUAAAAUCACUCCUCCACACAUACAAUGGGGCCACUAUGAACACGUAGAAGAAUUUUCAUUUUCUAUUUAACGAGAUUUAUAUACCACAUAAUGAUGAUGAUAUAACUUACUUAUGUCUAGAUAUAAUAAUAAUAAUAAUAAUAAUAAUAAUAAUAAUUUAUACCCAACAAAAUAUUAAAAAUACAAUAAAACUAUAUACAUACAUAUAUAGUUUUAUUGCAUUUUUAAAAUAAUAAUAAUAAUAAUAAUAAUAAUAGAUAUAAUAACAUUUAAAAAAAUGUAGAUGAAGCCAACAGUUUUCUAAAAUAUAAUGUGGGCAAAUAUGGGGUACAGCUAAUUUUUCUCUUGCAUCAUCAGAUCACAUAAUUUCAGGUCAGCCGUUAUGUGCUAACCUGACAACUUUGGCUUAACUACAACAUAUCAGGAAAAGGCUAAGGAAACCUGCAAGAACGUACCUGCUCAUCAAGGGGAAAUAACUCGCAAUGAAUGGGUUAUAGUACUGACCUCCCAAUCAGACGCUUAGGCCCAAAGUGCAACUUGAAGCCUGUUGUUGCCCAACUCUGACCUAAUAGUUGAGAGGAUUCUGCACAGUAGUGGAUAUUCCUAGCACCCCCCUCACUCGUUCAGGGAUUAUGUGAGGGGGCUGCAUUUGCAGUUCCCACCCCAGAGGUACAGCUUUAUAGUCACACAGAACUCUUUCUCCUUAAUGUUGUACAUAUAUCAGUGUUUAAGAAGUGGUGCCAAUACACAAAAUCCUACUUCACUCCCACAUAUUCAUUGUAAGGUAAAAGGUAAAAAAGGUAAAGGAUCCCUGGAUGGUUAAAUCCAGUCAAAGGCGACUAUGGGGUUGCGGCGCUCGUCUCACUUUCAGGCCGAGGGAGCCGGCGCUUGUCCACAGACAACUUUCUGGGUCAUAUGGCCAGCAGGACUAAACUGCUUCUGGCACAACGGAACACCAUGACGGAAACCAGAGCGCACAGAAAUGCUGUUUACCUUCCUGCAGCAUUGGUACCUAUUUAUCUACUUGCACUGGGGUGCUUUCGACCUGUUGUUUGGCAGAAGCUGGGACAGAGCAAUGGGAGCUCACCCGUCGUGGGGAUUCAAACCACCAACCUUCUGAUCAGCAAGCCCAAGAGGCUCAGUGGUUUAGACCACAGCGCCACCUGCGUUAUAUUCAUUAUAGAUGGGUGGGGUGGGGGUAAACAGCCCCAGAGAGAUCUCCUGUUGCUCUGGAGCAGACUCUUACCAGGGGUAAUGUCCCAUAUUCAUAUACCCCCCUCUCGUUUUCCUUUGACCCAGAAAUUGCUUAGCUUCCCAGCCUGGUUGCUGCUAGAUGAAGAUGUCCGAUUGUUUUUCUACCAGUCGGAGUUUGACAGUCAGCAGGUACCUCAGGGGCUGCGAAGGCUUCGCCCACGUACCCGUCGCGUGUGAGUAUCUCCUCCCCAGUCUUUCUGCCAAAUAAAUAAGACAUUCCCCCCUUUUUUUACCUGCCUGGAAUUUAAUCUUGUAGCUUCAUGGCCAUGCAUCCAAAUGACACAUUGCUCUCCCUCUUCUUGGUGACAGCAAGAGCGUUUCACCCCAGGAACCUGGCUUUGACCGACUGGCAGCCCCGCGGGCAGAGGUGGGUACCUUAUACAGCAAGUCGCAGAGGUGCAUAAGAUUGAAUUUCUUUGAAGAUAUGGAAUGUAGGGGCUCAUCAACACUUUCCUUGUCCUAUGCCUGGAAAGCAUGUGUCUGAGCAGUUUUCCAUGUUUUCUAGGUCUGGGUUCAAGCAGUUUUGCCUUUGCCUGCUGCUUUCCCCCAGAAAACCCACUCUUCAGCACUAAAUUGGGACAAACAGCAAUUGUCAUUUCUUCUUAUUCAAUAUUAAAUAACAGGUUUUCUUGGGGGAAAGUGGUGGGGCAUACGGGGGUGUGGAUAAGCCCUAUGUUUCUAAUACCAAAAAGUUUGUUAAAGUAACAUAGCCUGAGUUACCCAGCUUGUGCAAAUAAGUAUUUUGGCUUAGGAGAGCAUAUUCUUUAGAUACCAUGGGUCACCCUAGUUUGGGAUUCAUAAACUAACCUUAAACUCUAGUUUACAAUCCUGGCUUGAUCCUAGCUUGUUUGGGAGCAAGAACCCAGAGUGCUGGGUUUUCACGUUGUGGGAAACCAAGCUUAAUAGAUAGGAGAAAUAUAGUUGAAGUCAGGGUGUGUGUGUGCAAUAGAAUAAUAAACUCUGCAAUCUCAUUUAUUGGACAUCGCCUUCAAUGACUGGAACUAUGGGGAUGUGAUCUUUUUCUUCUGUGAGCCUAGACUCAAUCCAUCCCUCCAGUUCUGUUACUUUAUUUAUUUGUUUCUUUUGAUAGGCACUGUUCGAUUUUACUGGGUCCACUAAACUGGAACUGAGCUUCAAGAAGGGAGACUUGAUUUAUUUGCUCAGCAGGGUCAACAAGGACUGGUUUGAGGUAAAUAUCAAGGCCUUAUCUGAUCAUAUAUUACUGGCUUGAUUUCUAAUGUCUACCCAGCUUGCAGUGUGCUUUUAAUCAGGGGCUGGAUUAGCUUUAUUGGCAUUGCUGGAUAGAUAAAGACAUCACCAAUUUUUGAGGAUGGAUUUGUGAUUCCACUCCAGGUCAGAAGUGUGUGUAUGUUUUAAAUGGACAAUCUAGACAGCUGUGUUGUUGUGCAUAGUUUGCUGCUUUUUGGCCAGAUUUUUGUCAUUAAUGGCACUUUUACUUACUGCCCUCGUCUUCUGCAGCUCAUUUCCCAGCCCCCUCAUUCCCUCUUACGAAGAUCUCCUUUUCACUGCGCUCAUCAUAGGAGAUCCUGUGCCACAUCCAUAGUCAACAAAUUCUUGCCAUGGUGCUCUCGCGCAACCAUAGAGGCGUGCCACCCUUUUAAAGACACUGCUUGUCCCCACCAUCUUGUCCCAGGGAACUGUCCGAGAUGCCACUGGAAUUUUCCCAUGUGCUUUUGUGGAUAUCAUCAAAGAACUCCCACAGGAAGAGGACACCAUCAACUGGCUGCGCUGCUAUUAUCAUGAUGACAAUGUCAGCAGCAUCAGGUAAUGCAGGGGUGGGGAAACUUCUUCAGACACGGGGCCACCUUCUGUUCUGGGUAACCAAUAGUGGGUGGGGCCAGAGGCAAAAAUGGGUGGAGCAAAGAAGGUAAAUUCACUAGGAUAGUUUCCACAUGCACCUCUUCCUAUCCUCCAUCCAGGCAAACAAACAGCAUUAUCAGAGGUCAGUGACACAUUUCAGCCAGGUGAACUAUUCAAGGAGGGGCAAUGUCUGGGGACAGGGGAUGUGGCUGGGGAAGAUGUGUGGUUUGGGGAGAGUGCCGAGGGCUGGAUAGAAAGGCUUGGAAUCGCUGCUUCUGGGGAGCUAUUGCAGCAACCUGGAUUGACCCUUUAUUUUUAUUAAAUUUGUAUACCCCCCUUCAUCUCAGGGCAGUUCACAACAUGAAAAUACAAGCUAAAAACACAAAAUACAUAAUAAAAACAAGAACAACACCCCCACAAACCAAUAAUCCUCCCCAUUGCUUCCCACAAACAUAUUUAAAAAGGGUAUCAGAUGUUAAUCAGCCCAAGGCCUAGUUGAAGAGGAGUCUCUUGCCUCUGCUGUAAAUUCAGCAGAUGGUUUUAGGAAACUGCUGCCUCUUGAAUCCUCCCACCUAACAAUGUGGGAAUUAAUAGUUCUGACAUAGCUUGCAAGGUAGUUGUUAGAGAUACUAGAUAAUGCACCUGAUUCAUUGCUCUGAAUGUUGUUGUUGUUGUUGCAAAAUGCUAAUCUUUAUGCUGAGUUGGAGAGAGAACUUGCAUAUUCAAGAACCCCUGAAGUCCUAUAUGCAGAGUUUCCACAAAAGCCAGCCAUUUAAACACACACAUGCCUUUCUUACUGGAACACGGCGUGUUUGUGUAUUUGCCAUUUAAGCGCUGAUACAAUGUCAGGUUGUUUCCAGAUGACCUGUUUGUUGAGCAUUUCUCCCAAUUUGUUUGCACAAAGUUUGCCACAAGAUUUUACAAAGUCUGCUAUUUGUUGAGCAUGCUUUCUGUUUGGGUUGCGGAGAGGUUAUCAUACCCUCCAACAUUUCUCCAAUGAAAAUAAGGACAUCCUAAGGAAAAGUGGGACAUUCCGGGAUCAAAUCAGAAACUGGGACGGCUUUUCUAAAUCAGGGACGUCCCUGGAAAAUAGGGACACUUGGAGGGUCUGGGUUAUAAGACGUUGUAUUAAGCAAUUGUUAUCCCACACUUUCUUGUGCAUUUCCCCAUUACUUUCCCUACUGCAGAAAGGCGUGAUUUCUUUUUGGAAUUGGAUUUGUCUUGCUAGAGCACCAACUCCACUUUAAUGCACAACUUGAUUUUUCUGGUCUGUGAUCAAAUCCCCUCUUCAAAACAGCUACAGUUUGGAAAGGGGCCACAGACUGAGUUCAAAAAGUGAAGUGCAAGCAAGGUCUUCCUGUUGGAUUUCCUCUUUCGCACUUCCGCUGCAAGCUGACCUCGUGCCUCUCUCUUUUAGGGACAUAUCGGUGGAGGAGGACCUGAGCAGCACCCCACUAUUCCAAGACCUCAUGGAAUUAAUAAGGUAAAAAGCACAGGAAGAAAGAGCUCUCUCAGGCAAAAUACACUGAAAUCAUUUGCUCUUAUGUGCACUUUGCUGAAAUUCUAAAUGACCUCUGCAAUUGUAUCUGGAAAAGAUUUGCUGUAUUAGGAGUUGAAUUGUUUCAAUGGUCCCUUAAACCAAAAUAACUGAAAGAAUCCCUUCAUUUAUUUUGCUCUUAACAAGUGGAGGGAGCCUUCUGUUCCUUGAAACUGUUUGUGCUGCUCUUCUCUUUGAAACUUUGAAUGGGGAAAUUUGUGUCUUUAGUUUGCCAUUCCAGUGCAAGUCUCUAGUGUAGGGUAUGCUCACACUGCUAUUAGCGCGUAUAGUCCCCUUACCUAAUACUACGUACUGUCCUGAUUUGCACUCCGCUUCCUUUAUUUAGUGCCAAAUUUAGCAGCUCAUUAAACAGAUAAAUUGGUAAGUGUGUCCAUUAGUGCUAACUUUAGCAUAGGAUCUUUCUUCCUGCUCAUUGUCUUGUCCUUCCUGCUUUGCUCUUAUUGGGAUGCUUGAUAUGGCUUUGCACAUGUGCUUGUGAGUUAAUCUGAUUUUGGUCCUGUGCACCUACUCAACUACUUUCACAAAGGAAAUCUUAACUUUUAAUCUAAAGGGCAUAGGUGCCACAACACUAAAGGCCUGGUCCCUAUUUUGUGCAGAACGGACAUCCCUAUAAGAUGCUGUCUGCGGGAGGCCCUUACUGAGGGAGUGCAGUUUUCAAUACUGUAGGGUAUAUAAAGAUUGAUACGCUAUUUCAGGUAUCCUGGUCCCAACCUAUAUAAAGCUUUAUACACCCAAACCAGCACCUUGAAAUUAGCCCAGUAGCUAAUUGGUGACUCAUGGUAUAAACACGGUGGUGAUAUCCUUCCCCAGUGACCAGUCUCAAGGGUAGCACCACAUAGAGCACAUUGCAGUAAUCCAGCCUGGAUGUUACCAGUGCACGGAUGACAGUGUUAUGAAAAUAGAAGGAAGAAUAAAAUGUAACUAUUUAGAGAGAGAGAGAGAGAGAGAGAGAGAGAGAGAUAGAACCAAUCAGGAGAGGAUGAAAUAUGUAUGUGCCACAAAUCAGUUGCACAGCACAUGCAACUUCAAAAAUGUAUAUUGUCCAAGGACAGCCAGGACCAAUGAUCCAGGGACAAAUAUUGCUUGCAGCUGAAGUUUGCUGAUGCAGAUGGAGCCUGAGAGCUGAAUCAAUCAUGUCACCAUUUUUAAUGAAGUUGAAAUUUGCGUGGAGGACCACAGGAAACAUUCACAUGUAUGGAAACAAAAUUGGUUUGGCCUACUUGUCUGCAUUAGUGUGGGGUUGGGGUGGGAAUGGCUUUAAAAGAUUUAGACAGAUUCAUGGAGGCAGUGCUUUCAAUGACUGCUAACCAUAAUGGCUAUGUUCUACCUCCACUGUCAGAGGCAGUAUGUCCCUGAUUUCCAGCUUCUUGGAAUUGUAUGUGGGCAGAGGGUUGUAGUGCUCACGUCUUGCUGGCAGGCUUCUCACAGGCUUUCGGCUGGCCACUGUGAAAACAGGAUGCUGGACUAUAGGGGCCAUUGGCCGGAUUCAGCAGGCUCUUCUUCCAUUCCUAAAAUCAGCCACACCCACAGGGCAUUGUUUUUAUACCCUGCCACCCUCAGGUCACACUACAAAGCCUUCACAUCUCUCUCUCUCCCUCCCUCUCCCUCUCUCUCUCUCCCGCCCCCAGCUUGGUCUCCUCAGAAGGAGCUGCCAAGACUACACCCAGGAACGUUUGCUUUUGUGUAUGGCUGCCCCAUGUGGCGAAUGAUCAGAAUUUCAUUUUGGAACAUUUGCUUUGCAAAAACAUUUUUGCUAAGCUCAAAAUUUAUGCAAGGGUUCAGUUCCCAGGAACUGCACACAAACACCAAAAAUGCGUAUAGCCAGGAAGGCCCCUUAUUUAUUUAUUUUUUAAAUGAUAUUUAUUGAAAAUUUUUAAAAUUACAGAAAAAGACAGAGCAGAAAAAGAAAAAAGAAAGAAACAAAAAAGAGAAAAAGAAAACAAACCACAUCCAGCAAUACAAAUUCAAAAAACAAAAAUACACCACAAACAUAGAAAAAUAAAACCAACAUUCUCAAAUCUUCAACUUUCAUUACCUUCUUUCUUUGACCUCCUCCUCCUCCCUUUUUUUGUAUCCCAGUUAUUAAUUAUCGCAGCAAAUCCUUUCCAUAUUUCAUAAUAUUCUGUCAUUACAUUACCUUAAUCUAUUUUAAAACUUAAAUCUUAUUUUACCCACUUCUCAUAACCAUAAUAUUCUUGCCUAAUUCUUUAAAACAUUUUUGCUAGAGCCAAGUAAUUUCGUUCCAACAUUUUUCUAACAGUCAUCAGUUUUAUAAAACAAUCCUAGUAAUAAUUAAAAAAAAAGGAAUAGAAACAAUCCAAUCUUCAUCCAGCGUCCCUUCCUCCUGGUCCCGGGUUUUGUCAGUCCUUUUUAUCCCGUCGAUCUAGCGCAUUAACCUGGUAACCUUAUAUCCGAGGCCCUUAAGUCCCUUCCAUGUCCCUUCCGCAGCUCUUCUUCAUAUUCCCCUUUCACUCGUGGGAACUCCAGCUUGGUGAUGUUUUUGACCCUUUUCAACAAAUCAGCCCCUUUUCCAUAGUCCAGACUAAACUCCAUGUAGUAUUUAAAGACAUGUUUCAGAAUCCCUCCAAAAUUGAGAGCCCCCACAGCUCCAAACAUCUCACGGCCCAUUGCCAGACUCAGAAAGUCCAAACAUCCCUGCAUAGGGGGGUCUAUCCAACCCCCCAUUUCCAAAUCAGUCCAAACUUUAUCUUUCCUAAUCUGGCUUUUUCCAAGUUCAUUCAUCAAAUCCAAAAGCUCAUGUUCCUGCUGGGCUGCAGCUCCCUCCAUCUCUGGCGCCCAAGAUUCCGCAACGUCCUCUUCUCUCAUCUGUUCUGUCAGGGCACACUCCUGAAUUAAUUCCUGGGUGGGCUCCAUAUAGUUUCCCACUGCCUGUUCAAAAAUUCUGGCUGCAUUAGUCAUCAAAUCCGUCUUCUCAGUUAACUGUUCCAGUAGAGCAUUUAUUUUGCAGAGAGCACACAACAGAGCUUCUGAAUACAUUGUCCUACAAGGUCACAAGCCUUUUCCCACGAUUGUAAUCUGUGACAGCUGCAAGCUCCCUGGAAUUAGUUACAGUUUCCCAGUCUCCCUCUAGGGGGAAAACUUCUAAUUGUUCUCUUUUUGAGAUAUUUUGUCAAUAUUUGUUCCUUUAAAAUGCGAAAGGAAACAGUGGAAUCACUAUGUUUCUCUUCUUUUAGCUAUCUGUCAAAAACGUUUGUCUCUGGUCAAUGAGCUUCAAACGUCAGUCCUGACACCCCGCUCCAGGAUCAGGAUGGUGGAAAGUUACUUUACUUUAAACUCACUUCUGCAGGUUUAUACAGUCCGAAAAGAUCCCCCUUCUUCUCCUGCUGCCGAAGGGGGGUUCGAGGAUUUUAAAUGAUGAAAGCCGAUCCUUUAGAAGCGAUUUUCUGAGCUCUAGUUUACGUUGUCUUUGCUUUAUUCUGUCUACAAAGAAACGGAAGGCUGACUUCCUGUUUAGACCUUCCCGUUUCAGUGCCAAAUUGAAGUAAAUUUUUAAAUCCAAUUCCUUUCUGCUUGCAAAUCCUUAUUUAAAGUUCAAUUUGUUCAAAGUUUAAGUACUCACGGGUGCUUAUUUUAGAAGCCAAAUUGUCCCAGGAAAAAGGCAGCGCUCUCCGGCAACGGCUAUGCGGCUUCGCUCCACGGAAAUAGCAGUUGACUCACAGCACCGCGCCGCUUCCCCCUCUUCGCUUCGGAGCCCGUUAGUGGGUUCCUUUGUGGGUUGGGGGGGCGCUAAGGGUGCCUGCUGAGUCCCAUGGUCACAGGCUUCAUCCGCCUGUGAUUUUUAAAAGGGUCCCUGCUUCGCCGUAGCGGAAAAGAACCGUUUCGCGCGGAGCUAGUCCCUCCAGUUCAGAGGGAGUCCGCCAUUGCCGAUGGCGCCACCCCGGAAGUCCUAGCCAGGAAGGCCCCUUAAUCCCAUAAAAAAAAUAAAUCCAACAAAGAAAAAAACAGCACUUACCAACAAAUGAUGGCUGUGUUACUUAGUCUUCCUCUUCCUCUUCUGAGCCUGGCAUUGCUUCAGGGAAUGAAAUCACAACAGGGGUGGGGUUUCACCGGUAGCCAGCUGAAGAUGGUAAGCUUGGCCGUAGUCCAGCUUCAGAGCUGGGGUCGGCUUCCAGAUCACGUCCCCUUGCUCUGAGACCACCUCUGCUUGUUCUCUGUGCUCUCGCUGGGCCCUAUAUCAGUCUCUGACUCUCUGACAACACCCAAACACUCUCCCAAGGUUAGUGCAGUUGCUGAUGGGAUUGCCAGCUUCUGACAUUUUUCUACUGUGCAUUUUGAUUUUUCUGGUGUUUUUCCAAUGUCUUUAUUUUCCAAUCACCUGUGUAUUGUUGUGUUUAUGUAAGAAAGGCGAGUGUAAGUUGUGGGCUUGCUGUAUACUAGGCACAAUUGCAUAGAAGAGCAUGUACAUCAGCAGACAUUUGCACUGAAAUUCUUUUGAAUUUUCAUGAGGACUUUAGAAAAGAAAAUCACAAACAGAUCUGGAAAUAUGGGUAACUAAACUUUAGUAAAAUGAGAAACCCAAAGAAACGAAAAAUGGAAAAUGAACACAUCAGGAUAAACACAGACUUCCCCAUGCCAUGUAUGCUUUCCUUCUGGACUAGGAUGACUUGCUCUGUUCAAACAAGCAGCCCCCUGACUUGCCUUCUGAGAUUGUGUGGUUCAGGGGUGGAGAACUACAUUCAUUGGUAGCCUCUGAGAGGUCAGGGGUCAGGGUUGGUGGGGCCAUAGGCAAAACUGGCCAGAGCAGUGGCUUUACCUUUGUGCAGUAGGAUGUGGGUCAUCAGAAGCAGCCAUAGGAUUAACGUCUAUUUCUUUUUCCAGCCGAGCGUUUGCACGUGACGAUAUUGCCCUGAAUUACCGUGAUGCUGAGGGCGAUCUGAUCCGCCUGCUGUCUGAUGAGGAUGUUGUACUCAUGGUGAAGCAGGGCAGGAGUUGGCCUUUUGAGAAGCACAUCUUCCCGUGGAAACUGCAUGUUACUCAGCAAGAUGAUUACAGUGUCUAUGACCCAGCGGGAGCUGGAAUCGCAGCACAAACAGCAACAGAACCAUGAUCCUUGUUGUUAGUGCUGCUCAACGGGGUGUGUGUGUGUGUGUGUGUGUGUGUGUAAUACAACAACCUGGAACCAUGUGGAACUGUCCUGCAGGACUUUCUCCAUAUUUUACUACACAUUUUCUUUGGUUAACAAUAUGCAUUGCAUUAUCACAGAGGGUUAUUUUGGGUUUCUCCUAAAUACAGGUCCUCGUGUUGAGUUAGACUGUACCCACGCACCUCUCUUCUUGUGGGCUUUUUGGCUACUAUGUUCUUGAUUUAGAAGAUUAUUAUUAUUUUAUUAUUAUGUUAAUGUAAGUUAUAUGAUAACAUUGUAUUGUAGUAAAAAAGUUACUAUAAGCAUGCUCUGGGUUCUGUCAGUCACUUCUAGGUUCUAACAAUCUCAUGAUAGUAUUAUAUUAUGGUUAGCAACUACAACAGUUUCCUUAAGCUCAUUUAAACAUGAGUUUAAAAUUCAUUUCUCCAGCUACCCUGUAAAUAAAUGUCUUUACUCGGGUAUCCAUCUACUCUAUAUACAAGCUUACAUUUACCAAGGCAUCUAUUUACGUAGAAAGACUAAUAAAAAAUGGGUUUUUAGAGAACGCUCGUUUACAGCAUUGUUGGUUUCACUGAACUAUAGAGCAUGCCAGAGCCUAAUUCUUUUUUGAAACAUCAUUCCCUCUGCUUCUGAUGCUUAGACUGUGAGUGACAAUGCUUAUGCUGUCAGAAUGGUACCACCUGCACACAAGGGCGAGGUAGCAGUAGGACUGAAUAGGUGGCCACUGACUACAUUUCAGCACUCCUGGGUGGCUUUUGUUAGUUUGCUGCUUCAAAAAUCACACUGAUGUACUUGGGGAAAGUGGGUUAAUUGCUGGGAAUUAGUGUGUGUUCACUUUUUAUUCUAUUCUAUGUGAUUUCUAAAAGAAAAAUAGUUUAUGACCUUAGAAUGUGUUGUAUGUCACCUUGAGAACUGUGUGGUAUUCAGCUAACAGAGAAAUCUUUGUGACUUCUUGCGGGACAGAUCCCCUGUUCUUCUGACUAUCUUGAUCCUUGAACCCCUGGACAGGACUCUGGCCUCUCUGGGGCAGCAGAAUUUUGAGCCACGGGGCAGGCAUGAUAGGAAGGGGACGAUGAGAUACCAGGGAUGUGCAGGGAUAACAUGCUUAGAGAAUGGUGGUUGAAUCUUGAAGACUGACAAUGCUAGCAAAUAAGACAAACAAGAUUUCAACUAGACAAGGGGAAGGGAUUUUCCAGGGAAAGGGACCUCAAAAUAUGGGGGCUGUCCCUGAUACGUCAGGAGAGUUGAAUUUAUACCACCAGUGUAAAGCUAGGUGGGUAUGGGUAGACAGAUUUCAUUUCUUCUGUUUUUCCCCCUCUUCAUACCAAAAUCCAAAAGUACUUUUAUUCAGAAACAACACUCACCAAUUUCAAGGGAACUUGGAGCUGAUACAAACAUGAGUGUCCUUCAUGGCAGUGUGGGGGUGGGGGGAUCCAAAACAAUAGCAUGUUGUGUUUGCAGCUGUGCUAAGCGGUCAGACUGAGAGAGUCGGCAUGCAUUCAAGGAAAAGGGAAGUUCUAGUCCAGAGGAAGUGGGAUUGAGCAAUUAAUAACAGACCAUGCAAACUGCCUCGGCAUGGUUUAGGAGCCACCCACAUUUUUGAAAAACCCCAAACACCUUUCUUUUGAAGUGUGUUUCACUGAUACUACCACAAUGCAGUUUGAGUGGUGGAUUCUCUGCAACAGAAGUACAACCUGGAAGGAAGAUGUCUGUAAAUAGCUCCCUUUAGGUACUGCAUUGGAUCACUGUCCUACUACCCAUAAGCCUGCUAAAUAUUUCCUGGAUGGAGGAUUGAGGGCACUUUCCCCAGGAGGAUUUUAUUUAUUAAUUCCACAGCGCCCUCAAGUGUGCUAAGCGCUCUAGAGAGAGAGAGAGAGCGCGCGCACAGGUAUAAAGAGAUAUUUUCUACAGCAGUUUUUAAUGUUAUGGAAGAGAAGAGGAUUUUUUCUUUUCUUUUUGGUGUUGCUGCUUGAAUAACCUUUGGCAAGCACUCUUGCCAGCACGAGUGUGCUGAAAGCUUCCCUCUCCUAAUUGCAAAAGCACUGGCACUUAUAAUCCAUGCAAAUUUAAUUCCGCAACCAAUUAGCAUUCCUUUCUGGCUUGGACAGAGGCAAUGCUUGCUGAAAACCCAAGAGAUAAGAGAGAAUGCAUUCUUUUACAGCUAAAUACAACCAAACUCACUUAAGAUGUUAGAAAGAGGAAGCUGGCAGGGGCAAAGGACAGCUGGUUGUCAUCAAGCCACACUUUGAAGUCGCAAAUGCAGGGGGAUAGUGGGGGGGGCAGGGGGUUGUGGCCCCGGUCGCAGAAUUUUGAGGGGAUGUGAGCCAGCACCAACUUCUGUGGGGAUCCCCAUCCUUCACAACUUGCUGCCAGGGGUCUCUGGGCACCAGAGCCCAGCCCAGCUUAGCCACCACAUCCCCAGCCCCCUCCUCACUCGGGGCACUUCCUGGAUGGUGAGUGAGGUGGGCAAAGGGUGAACCCAGCCCGGCCCAGCCCAGUUCUCCGCUCCACAGGCAUCAGGUUAAUUUGUCCACCAAGGGCUGCGAUGGCCAGUUGGGCUUCUCCCUGCACAAGAGGGCAAGUGGAGCAAUGCAGCCCUGCUUGGCCCCGGUCAGGGCAGGGGUUGGGUAUGCCCCAGUGGGGUAGACAUCCAGAGCCCAAUUCAGCAGAAUGAACAGGAGAGCCACAAAACACAGUAAAGCAAGCUUGCCCCAUAUUAUACUAAGGGAAGCAUAACACAGCACCGUCUAAAGACCCCCACUGAUCAUUCAGUCAACAAGAAAAACCUCUAGGUUUUAGCACAUUGUGUUAAGAGCUUUUCAAGUUCAUUUAAGCUUUAAAAUGCCAUGAAAUUACAGCCCUUAAGGGCCACACCAUUAAUGGGUGUGCUAUUCAAAAACAUUUGUGCUGCUACAGUGUGGUAUCCUAUCCUAUGGUCACUAACCGUUGGCAGGAUGCAGCUGCUUCCCUGACCUCCCAUCAUUGACAUUGCUGAGGCUCACCAAGAGAGGAAAGGGCAAAGCAGCAGCAAGGUCAGCACAGUGCAAAUGCAUUGGCAGAACCAGUCCAGGGCUCCUGCCAGUAUGUUUGCACCGCACUGGCCUUGCUGCCACCUCCUUGCUCCUCCUAGUAAUGCUGGUGAUGCCAUGUUGGGUUAGCACCACCAUCAUCCUGACCUGCCAACCGCUACUGCUUGUGGUUUGUUCUAGCUUCACCCCUACCUUGAAUCUGGGUGGCUGUUGGCAGAGUGGUUUGUAUGAGCCCCAGACCUGUCUGCUCAGUGGGAUGGAGUCUAUGGAACUGAAGCUAAAUGACAUCAUCUGAGUGGUCCCAGGUUCCCCACUUGUAGUUACUAUGCACACACAGUCUUUUAUUUCCAUGUUGUCUCCAAGCGGAAUCUGAUAGGAAGAGAAGAGUGGCAAGAAGUGCUCAUUCGCCAGCCCCCAAAACAUGUCACACUUUGUCAGAAGAAGCAGGAAAGUUGUGCAAUCUGUAUAACAAUGGAAACAGAACAACUUCCUCUUCCAUCCCAGAAUCGAUUUUGAAAGGAGGCAGUGUAUGAGAAAAGGAAACCGAGACGAAAUUCUCAAGAACAGUCUCGAUUCACCCAGGCUAUUUGAAGACCAAAGAAUGGGAGAUCUCCUUUAUCUCUGAAGAAGACCAAGAGGCUUAAGCCUCCCUUGGCUCCAGAGGAAUCCAUUACAUCUCUUGCUUCAGGUAAGGAAACUAUCUUUCUAGAGACGUGGAGAAUUAAAUGACAAAAUCAUUGGAUUUUGGGGUGGGAAAGAAAGGGCAUUUCCCAUGUGUUUGAUGAACUGAACAUUGACAUAGGACAGCCUCCCCAAACCUGGUUCCUUCCAGAUGUUUUGGAUUACAACUCUCAUCAGUGCCAAUUGGGGCAGGCUAGGAUAGCAGAUCAUUAUACUCAGGAAAAUGGAAGCUCCCUGCUUUGCUCUUUCAGGUACAGGAGACAGGGGAGGAAAAGCAGGAGAAAAACACUCUUUCCUGAGAUAAAGCACAGUCUUUCUCUCUCUGAAAUGGAAGCCGUAGCCUUUCAUAGGAGCAACCAGCAUACUUGGUCCCAUUUGUUCCACCCUGAAGACUUUCCCUUGAGCUGAUGAUCAGAGGCACCUGCCUGGCAGUUCUUUGCCCUUGAGAAGUGCUCCUCAGUGGGCUGCUGGUGGGGUCAGGCACAAUGCACACUUUUCCAACCUUUUGUUGUGCCCUAAUCUGGCAGAUAGGGACACGGGUGGCGCUGUGGGUUAAACCACAGAGCCUAGGGCUUGCUAAUCAGAAGGGUGGGGGUUCGAAUCCCAGCGAUGGGGUGAGCUCCUGUUGCUUGGUCCCUGCUCCUGCCAACCUAGCAGUUUGAAAGCAUGUCAAAGUGCAAGUAGAUAAAUAGGUACCGCUCCGGCAGGAAGGUAAACGGUGUUUCCAUGCACUGCUCUGGUUCACCAGAAGCGGCUUAGUCAUGCUGGCCAUAUGAUCUGGAAGCUGUACGCCGGCUCCCUCAGCCAAUAAAGCAAGAUGAGCGCUGCAACCCCAGAGUCGGUCACGACUGGACCUAAUGGUCAGGGGUCCCUUUACCUUUACCUUUUUCAUCUGGCAGAUAGGGACGUGGGUGGCGCUGUGGUCUAAACCACUGAGCCUAGGGCUUGCCGACUGGAAGGUCAGCGGUUCUAAUCCCCGCGACGGAGUGAGCUCUCGUUGCUCGGUCCCAGCUCCUGCCAACCUAGCUGUUCGAAUGCAUGUCAAAGUGCAAGUAGAUAAAUAGGUACCACUCUGGUGGGAAGGUAAACGGCGUUUCCAUGUGCUGCUCUGGUUCGUCAGAAGCGGCUUAGUCAUGUUGGCCACAUGACCCAGAAAAACUGUCUGCAGAAGCAGACAAAUGCCGGCUUCCUCGGCCUGUAAAGCAAGAUGAGCGCCGCAACCCCAGAGUCGUUUGCGACUGGACUUAACUGUCAGGGGUCCUUUACCUUUUUUUAAUCUGGCAGAUGGAAAAGGGUAUCUUUCAAAAAUUAUUCUUAAACCCCCCCCCCCCCCAAAAAACACCCUUGGCUAUUUUGUCUACCAUGAAACAUAUUUGAAACAUUGCCUCUGGUUUAAGCUUGCUCUUGCACAAUUCCAUAGAUUUUUUUUUUUAAAAAAAGCAUGUGCACAGGUGAAAAAUACCUGCGUACAUGCGCACAAUGAACCUCAAGUUUCUGGAACUCACGAAGGGGUGGGGAAGUACUAACUGAAGGAGAGGGCAACAACACAUAGUACAAAUGCACCCCCUCAAGCACUGCCUGCUAAUGUGAAUGUGAAACAUUGAGAUUGGUUUUGGAGCCAUGAAAUUGAAAGCACUCAUAUGUGUACAAUGGGGGGGAAAUGACACACACACACAUUCCUGUGGACACAGCUAUAGUCAACGGCCAGGGAAUUGGUACCCUGCCCUAAAAAGAAAGGGAUGGAGAAGAGACAUAAAACAGCAGGGAGAUGAGGCAGAUGGACCAGAAGGUAGGCAGGUGGUGGUGUGUAAUGUUGUGAAUCCAUUCAUGUCAUGCAGAUUGCUGCAACCUUUUCCUAAUAAAAGUAUCAUUCGCCAAAUAAGGCCCAUUUUACACUCCUAUGGAGCAUAUUAGAGAAGUGUCUCUUUCCUGGUCCCUCUUUCCUUGGAACGUAACUGUGUUUUCAGGGCAAUAAGCAUUCAUCCUGAUAAGCUCGCGGGUCAUUUACAUGUCUUCUCAUUAGCCAUUUGUUGAUGCCACACCCUUAAUGCACCUUCCAAGCAGCAAAAAGUCCAGUUUUCAUUUGUUGUGCUAGGAUGACAGAGAACUUUAGUUUAAUCAUGCAAACUAAAAUUCCUGCAUGCCUUUGAAUCCCCACCCCCAUGCAAAAUGCUACAGGCUGGAAGCAUCCAGAGUUUGGAAAAGAAGGAAAUUGAAGUCAAGGAUAACAAAUCUCCAUAAACUCACAGUUAAACUGUAGGUCUGAGACAGUAAGUCAAACAAGCCAAUUGCUUGAGUUCUGAGAAUGGUAUAACAAUCAAUCCCUCUCCCUCUUCCCAGGGAACACUGGGAAUUGUAGUUCCAUGUGGGGAAAUGGUUCCCCCCCAACAACUCUGAGCACCCUUAACCAGCUACAGUUCCCGUGAUUCUUUGGGGGAAGCUGCUAAAGUGGCGUAAGUGUGCUUUAAAUGUACGGUGCAGAUACAGCUAGGCAAAUAAAAUGUCAGCAGGAGAUGUGAUCAUGGGCCACCCACAUCAUGACUAAUGUGAUCUUGAGUGAUCACAGGAUUCUUUCCUCUCAUCCCCACACAUAGAAGUUUCUCCAUGAGAUGUGGCGAGAGUGAGAGUCCUUGUUUUAGCUCUGUAGACCAGUUUCGGUCUGACCUGAAAAGAAAUCGGAGCAGUUCUUUCUGGAGGUCAUAAUGAUGAAUCAGAGCAGUGGGGGCCCAAGGCGUUUCAGCACCUGAGGCAAAAUGCCCUGCUGCCUCUGUGAUGGGGGUGCAAACGCCAUAAGCAGUUCUCCCUGCCAGGCAGGCGGUACAUGCUUCCUGAUCUACACCCCCCCCCCGGUGGCAAAGCUGGGUGGCAGAACGCCCCCACCCUUUUGCUGACCUGGCAGGAGGGGAGAUAUUCCGCAGAGCUUUGCCACCAGUCCCUCUGCCCCUAGAGGCAGGGGAGACCAGAGGCAAAGCUGGGCAGCAUUUGGGGCAUGCCUCCUGAGGCAGCUGCCUCAUGGGUGAGCCGGCUCUGAAUCAGUCUUACAUUAGAAUGUAAGAAUAGCAUUGCUGGACCAGGCCAGUGGCUCAUCUAAUCCAGCAAGCUGUGCAUACAGUAGCCAACCAGAUGGCCAUAGGGAGCCUGCAAGCAGGGCCUGCGGUUUCCAACAACUGAUAUUCAGAAGCAUAAUGCCUCUGAUAGCAGAGGAAGAACAUAGCCAUCAUGCUUAGUAGCCCUUGAUGAACGUGGUUAUCCUGCCCUUUAUUUGUGCUGACUUUGCUAGAUGCUUUUAAAAGUCGGCGGUGGUUUGGCACCAGGGGGUUUCAGAGUGUCUUCUGGGGAAUUCUAGCAUUCCUUGAAAGCUGAUCAUGGUUUCUUGAUUGAGAAGAGCAGAUGAGCUUCCCUGAUAGGUAACUUUCCUACCGCUUUCAGGCGUACAAUUCAUACAAUUACAGCAGAGGGUUCUCUGUUUGCUCAGAGAGGGCAAAACGGAUGGCAAGUGCUCUACUUGGACUGGGCUGUUUGCUUAUUCCAGCAGCCCUUCUCAACCUGGUGCCCUCUAAAUAUUUGUUAGACUACAACUCCCUUCUCUCCUGGUCAUUGGCCAUGCUGGCUGAGGUUGAUGGGAGUUGUUGACCAAGACGCCUGGAGAGCAGCAGGUUGGUGAAGUCUGCCCCAAAACAAAUAAGAGUUUGGGGCAGAUAUCAGACAAGGCAAUGUAGGUGAGUGGGGGGGUUCAUUGAACGUAACAGAUUUGGAGUUAGGUGGGAAGAGAGAAGUACCCUUGAUUUACACUUUUACUCCCACCUUCAGCAGGUGACCCAGGGAGAGCUGCAACGUGAACAGGUACCAAGAAGUUGGGCAUCAGACAGCGCUCAGCCCAAGGAGCGGGACAAUUAUUCAAGGAUAAACAGAGACAAGAGAAACAUGAGAUUCUGCAGGGUGGCCUUGGCUUUGAGUCUCUUGUCUUAUGUUGUUGAAGCUCAGCGUGAGUUUUGUAUUCAUUGUCUAACUCUUCCCUCUCUCUUUUUUCUAUUCUCCUUUAAUUUAUUUUCUUUUUCCAUGCUCCUCUGAUGCCGAGUGUUCUGUUACACCUUAGUGCAAAGGUCACAAACCUUUGGAGGCCUCUGAGAACAUCUGGAAUUUUGAGAGCGAAAGCUGUGAGCACCAUCAACUCUGGCUGAUUCUUUCCCCUUCCCAUCCCCCACCAACAGAUAGAAAAAGAGAAAGCACACACAUACACACAUAGAAAGAAAGAGAAAGAAAGAGAAAGAAAGAAAGAAAGAAAGAGAGAGAGAACAAGAGAAAGAGAAAGAGAGAAAGAGAGAAAGAGAGAGAGAGAGAGAGAGAGAGAGAGAGAGAGAGAGAGAGAGAGUCUUUACCUUUCCAUGAGAUCUAGGUAAAAGUUGAAGCCAGUAGAAUUAAAAUGGAUCUUUGUGAAUUUGCAUGAUUUUAAAUAAUAUCCCACUGACCAACACAUCAAAUUUAAGCAGAGGUCACCAAUUUUGGGGGCUCUUCUGGGAACAUUUGCAAGCCAGAGAAACCAUUGCGGUUACCACAAAACAAAGCACGUCCUCUGUAGGCACAUGCACAUCUUCAAGCACCAUGUUGGCAGCCACUGUGUUACACCAGGAGAUGGAAACAGGGUGGACGAGGCUAUGAAGGGUUGGGGUUAUUGAGAAAGUAGAUGACUCGGUGGCUCCAAUUGACUUCAGACAUAGGUAGCUUCUAUGUGGUAGAGAGAGGAGGGAGGAGGCAAAACCCAAAUCAUAUCUAGAGACACGGCGGUCACCAUGAGGAGAUUUAGCUUGGACUCCUCAUGUCAUUCAAAGCAUGCCCCUUUUCUUUCUCCCAUACAAGGGAAUGGAUGGCAUUUCCUACAUAGUAGAAAUAUAAAUCAAUGAACUAAGAGAAAACUUUGCAAUUAGGAAGGGAGCAGAAAUUCAGUGUAGCCCACAUUUAAAGUUGAACCUACCAAACCCACAUUUUCUAAAACAACACGCAAAUGGAAACACAGCCAUUCUUCAAAAUCUAUACUUCUCCAAAUUCUGCAAUUGCAAUUCUCCACAAAAAAUGGUAAAAUAUGUUCAGAGACAGCUAUGUGUAGGUUCUCUUCAAGAAUUUCUCUGAAUCAACAUGCAACAUGAUAUGAAUCCAUAGUCCUGAAUCAAACCUAAGAUGAAAGAAAUGAAUUUUCUAAUAAAGUGAAAUUAAUGGUUUUAUGUUGGAGUCUCCCUCCAGAGUUCUUGUUUUCAAAGAGGACCAUCUUAAGGACAGUUACAGAGUGACCUGAUACCAGGGAGAUUUAUAAAAACAAUCCAGAAAUCCAAGCUGAUUACCUAUGGUUUGAAUUUUCAUCACAUGGCAUGUGUUAAAUAGCGUACCACUGUCCAGUUGUUUGUAUUCUCAGCAGUAAAAGAUCUGCUAGUCACCAAUGAAACUAUUUUGCUAGCCAGUUCUUCCUCCUGCUCCUCUCCAUCUCUACAAUCAUUUAGGAAUUUAGGAUUAUACUUCAUACUUUACAUGAAAUUGACUCUAGUCCCUGAAAGCUCAUGCCACAAUAAAUGUGUUGUUCUUUCAAAGUGCCACAACACCCUCCAUUCUCAAGACUAUGAGGCUAAGAAGAACAUUUAUGUUCCUUAAAUCCAUGAAAAACCACCAAGAGAUUACAGAAUGUAUUAUUCAUUAACCGUUUGUUCCCUGCUUCUUUGGUUCUUCCCCAACACCAGUUUAUAUUCUUAUGAAUUUUCCCUUUCCUUUGCAGAGAAGUCACCUAUGGAAACUCUUGACUGCUUCAGUGACUAUGUGUCACACACAGCCUGCACCUGGAAUGAAAGCCGGGAUGCAAGGAACUUUGUCAAGAUGAAGCUUCUUCAUAGCGACAUAUAUCAGUGAGUGCCUAACCUCUAAUCCCUGAGGAUAGGGAACCUGCGGCCCUCCAGUUAUUGCUGUAUUCCAACUCCCAUUGGCCUCAGUCAGCAUGGCCAAUGGCCAGGGAUGAUGGGAGUUGGUCCAAAAGCACCUGGGGUGGGGAACAAGUACCCACCCUUGUCUUAUCCAUUGCAGAAUAAUGAAAAAAUAAUGCUGGAGGCUGCUGGGCCUAAGGGUGGAGAUGCUUGAGGAAUUGGAUCUUUGCAAAUCCCAAUAUGAACAGGCCUGAUCUCUGCCUCCCAGACUCCCAGGUGUAUGGAUUCAUCCACUUAGUUAUCAACCAGUUGUUGUUUUUUGCACUUUCCAAGUGCUCCUGUGCAGUUCUCGGCUCAAAAACUCUUUUCAAAAAUUCUAUAUUUUGAGAGAGAGGGAGAAAGAAAGACCGGGGAGAAGAGUCGGCGGAAUAAGAUGGGAAGAAAUUAAAAGACUAUCUACAGAAACAUUGUAAAAUUAAUGAAUGUUAGAAUGAUGUUGGAUAGAAAUUAAGUGGUUUCCAGCUGUAAUGCUUUAAGGGAAUAUGAAAAAUGGGUUGUUAAGAGGUGAAAAUCUAACGUUACUAUUGUAACCAAAGAUUAGGAUAAAUAAAGAGGGUAAGGAUUUGCUGAACCAACAAAUUGAACUGGAAUACAAAAAAGGGAGGUAUGAGGAGGUCCGGGAAACAAGCUAAGGAAAAAUAAGUAAUGGAAAAAUUGAGUGGUUUUUAAUCAUUUUUAUUUUGUAUUUUCUUUUUCAUUUUCAUUUUUAUAUUGUAACUUUGUAUUUUAUUUUUAUUUUUCACUUUUAUAUUGUAAUUUUCUGAAAAUCUUAAUAAAUAUCUUAUAAAAAGAAAGAAAGAAAGAAAGAAAGAAAGAAAGAAAGAAAGAAAGAAAGGUUUCAAAAUGCAUAUUUUAGAUAAAUCCAAACUAAUGGGUUCAAAUUGCAAGAAAUGGGGUUGAAUCUAAACACUGAGAAGGGAUUUCCUUGUGGUGCCCACAGUGGAACAGGCUGACUUGGAAGGUAGUGUGUUCUCCUUCCUUAGGAGUUCUAAAGGAGUGGCUGGCUGGAUGCUGUGUAGCAGCAAAUUCUCUGCAUCAGCUGGCAGUUGGACUUGACUCCUUGAGUCCUCUUCCAACUGCAGGCUUCCAAAAUACAUUUUAAAAUGUGUAAUUCAAUACAUAUUCUUCAAGGAAGGAAGGAAGGAAGGUGUGGAUGAAUGCAGAAUUGGGAUGGAGCAGACCGAUGGGUAAAUACAUCUGAAAAUUGCAUGGAUCAGAAAUAGACAGAUUCACCCAUCCCUCAGGUUGCUCUUAGAGAGAGUGCCUCCUUCUUGCCACAGUCUCCUGCCCUGCACCUCAUUAAACAAAUUGUCCGUUUAAUGAGCAUGUCUUUUAAUGAACAUGCUGAGGACGGGAGGAGAGGCAGCACAUGCAAUCAUGCUCCCCUCUGCACAUUCUUUGUAAUGUGCGGAAAAGGGCUAUGGUCCCUUUAUGCGAGAGGAAAAAAUAACAAGGGGACGGUUUUGUUAGGCGUGGGGGGCACUUCUCCAGAAGAUGAAGUGGUGGUGUUUCUUUCCAUUUUCCAUCUUCCUCUUCUGUGUUCCUUUGAAAGAGGAACUGAACCUUAACUUAGCCUGACAAAGGGGAAAAAAGGAAGGAGUGGUUGUUAAGAAUAAGAGGAGGUGGAGGCCAGCAGGAUAUAGAGGCAUGAAAAUGACAGUCAGUGUGGUGUGGUGGUUAGAGGAAAGGAGUGGGACCUGGGAGACCAGAGCUCAAAUCUCCACUCACCCACAAAGCUCACUGAGUGGCAUGGGCAGAGCAAGGAUUUAUUUGGGGGAGGGGGCAGGCUUUAUGCUGUAGGGGCAGAACUGAGUUAUCUGUGAUGCAAUUGGUCAGUUAGUUAAAUGUUAUUUUUUAUUUACUUGAUUUGGAGGGGCCAGCUGCUCUCCUGCCCCCCCUGGCUACAUCCAUGCUGAGUGCCCUUGGUUCCAAUCAUUGUUGCUCAGCCUAACCUACCUCUCAAGAUGGUUGGGAGGAUAAAACAGGGAGGUGAUGAGAGCAAUGCAUGCCACCUUGAACUCCUUGGGCAGGCGCCUUCAGUGUACUCUCUUACCAACCUUUUCCAGCUAAACAAUGUUUUUCUGGCCAGAUCUCACAAGCAGAGAAUUGUGCCCCAUAUUAAUUAAGGACAGGAGCAGAGGUGUAGCAAUCUGGAGUCACAGGGGUUUGAAGAACCAUUACUAUUUCUGCAGCAGGGGCCCUGAAAGCUCCUUGUCUUCAGGGUCCUAGAGCCACCCUAUCAGCACGAAAGGGGAAGUUUUUAGUCACUGAGAAGAUGUCCUCUUGUCCUUUGUCCUGAUUGGAGCCGAUAAGAGUGAAAGGAGGUGAGUCUGCCACUGAGGAUUGGUUCCUAAGAUCACUCUGGAGAAGGCAAGUAGUAGCUCUGUAUGUUCGAAAGUCAAGCAUUUAGAAACAUGAAAAGCACACGAGCCCUUAGUUUCAAGAGAAAAGUGUGCAAGUUUUGUUACACACAACGGAACUUCAAGCAGAACAAAACUUAAGUCUCUCUGAAAUAAGAUACUGGAACACUCCAAAUCAUUUGUAGAUCUAGCUGAAAGGCAGCACAUGGAGAUCUGCAUUGAUCAUUAUAAUGCAUCUGUAAUUAUUAUUAUUGUAUAAUUGUAAGGUUAUAUAUCUUAGAAGCUUGUAUUACUGUAGAAUGGGGCAUGGCUGUGACUAUUAUGAAGGAACCCUGCUUUGGGCAGCAGGAAGUGCCUUUUCUAUGUUUGAAACAUUGGGGCAGGAUGUCUAUAGUCCCAAGAUCCCCCCUCAAUCCUGUUAGCUUAUAUGGCCUGUCUUUUUUAUAGAGCUGUAACAAGCAUUGUGUAUCAUCAGACUCAUUCUCUGGGACUCUGGGUUGUGAAUGAAUGCUUGUAGAAUUAACAACUUUGCUGUUACCAGUAAAUAAAAUGAGGCUUUCUGGUGCUUAUAGGAAUAACCUCACACAGAUGACAUGUCAUUCAAAAGAAGAAGAUUCACAGAUACAUUGGAGCUGCCGCAAAAACCAGACAAUUUUCAAUGUCUGGUUGAAUAAUAUCUUCAUUUUCAAACCAGAUCAGGAACUGAAAGUCCAGGUGAAUGUCAGCCUCUUUGAUAAUGGUAUGUACUCACGUCCUCCAGAAACAUGAAAGGUGGACUCAUGCAAUUUGUCUAACAACAACAACAACAAUUUAUUUAUACCCCACCCAUCUGGUUGGGUUUCCUCAGCCACUCUGGGCAGCUCCCAACAGACUAUUAAAAACAUGAUAAAACAUCAAACAGCCUUAAAUCCCAUGGAAGAAAGGUGGGAGUGGGAAAUAACGUUACAACAACAUUUGUUGAACUUUUUUUUAGAAUUGCUCCCCACAGAAAUUGUUGGGUUUAACUUACAUUUACACUUAGGUGUUGAGGACACAGAAAAGAACAGUGACUGUGGUCAAACGUCAAAGAAACAAGCUCUCCAUUAUUAUUGGCAUCUCCUUUCCUGGGCUGUCAACCUGUUGCCCCAGAUGAUGGAGACUACAACAUGCAGCAGCAGCAGCAGAUAGCAUGAGAGCUGAAGCAUGAUUUGAUGAAGUGAACAUGCACAACACUCGACCAUUUUGCCUGCCAUUCUUUGAAUCAUUAAAAUUAAAUGCAAAUUUUAUGCAACAACUUUAUGCAAAGUUUAUUGCAAAUAGCAUACUUUUCAUUUCGUCACAUGGAUGACAAAUCUAUACAGGUGUUAAAUCACUCUGCCUUUCAUAUCUGAAGGGCAGAUGAAAAAUAAAUCCAGAAAGCUGAAAUAUAUGUCAGGAACAUUGUAAAGCACAUGACACAGUAAUAAAGGUUGUCUGUCAACUUUUAAGUUCACAACAUAUGAACAGGAACAUAACAUCAGGUAUACUUGUUGUGUCCAAAUAUAUUUAUACCUGAUUUAGACCACCUGGGCAGCUCCCAACAGGCCUGGGCAGGCCAGGUCUUCCUGUUAUAUACCUGCUGGGAUUGACAAGGCAUCUGACCCUCACCUGAAUCUCAUAGCUCUCCUGAUGAGUGCUUUGGUCUGCCCACCAGAUACCAGGCACUCUGCUAUUCAAAUUGGGCCCCAGUGUUUUUGUUACAAUCCCCUUCUCAAUUAAGCAAUCAAUUUUGAUCUAGAAUUUAAAUUCUCAAAACGUUCUUGUUUGUUAAUUUGAGCAAGUAAACUACUGCUCUCACUUCAUUACAAACAGUAUUUCUACCUGUAACACACCUGAGCAAACCCGCUCCUCUUCCUUUCACAGAUAUUUUGUUGCCAUUUGCAACUGUAGCUGCCUCUAAUUAGUUAUCAUUUAACUCUUGGGGGAAAUAAUUAGCAUCACACAUCAUGUGCAUGGAAGUUGCCAAACCAAUUAACCAACUAGAAGGAUUACUGUUAAUAGCACCAGUUUUCCUAUAACUUGAUAUUGCUGGAUAGUUUUGAUGGAGCUUUUCUUUAUUAAUGCCACUUUGUUUUGUACAAUUCCUUGCAAAUGAAGGAAAACAACUUUUCUGCUUGUAUAUGUUGAUAAUAUAAUUUUGGUUACUGAGGACAAACAAGAUUGUACAAAAACAAGAUUGGGUGCAGGCCUGGCCAGGACAUAGGCGUCCUGACUGUGACAAAGGUGACCUGUGUGCUUGCUUGCUUGCUUGCUUAACAGCUGUUGGGAACUUCAAGGUCCUUGUUCUCCCUUCUUAUGGUCUUUGUCCUGGACAUGAAGACUCCAAUAGAGAGCAUUCCAUGUCAAGAAGGAGGGCGAGUGGGCAUCCUAUCAAAUGACAGGGCAGGAGCUACACAGAGCAGGGCCUUUUCACUGGUGGUGCCCAUUGUAUGCCUCGCUCUUCCCAGACCUGCUCUCUUUUGGCCUGUAUUUUGGAGCUUUAUAAUUUAGGAAGACUUUGGAAGAACUGGUUGAUAAGCCUUAUCAGUUGCUGAUGUAUGAGCAGAUUUUAUUUGCUGCUAUUCUGGGCUUCUGGUGCACCAGGGUUUACACCAGCAUAACAGAGAUGGCCAGGAUGCCAGAAGGGAUACAAUUUAUGAGCUUUCUCCAUUAUCUGCACAGCAGGGGGUGUUUAGUCAACAGUGCAAAGGCUGAGCUGAAGCGUUCCCUGCUGGUUACCUGCUUUCAGCAAUAGGGGUUGCUGUUUGGUAGUACCCAGUUGGUUAGAUGUCAGAUUCUAGAGCUCCCUACUGGUAGCUCUUAGGUAGUUCACAAAAUACAGAGUCCAUUCAUUAAACAUAGUGUUCAUUCAUAGAGCAGUAACAUAAAUCUCCAUUGCUACAUACUGGGUGUAUAUUUUAGCGGUUGAAUGUACAGGUUAAUGGCCAUGCUGUAGUGUAGUGGUUAUGCAACUGUGAAUAAAAGGUGGCUGGGCUCAUUGUCAUGGGGUUGGCAGGGGAAGAGAUGACAAAACUGAUUUCCAAUAAGUGCCCCCCACCACUUUAUUUCCAUAACAAGUCCUUGAGUCUGUACUCUGAAUAGUGACACAGGGACCUAGAAGGUGCAGGCUUGUCAGUCCAACCCCUGCAUAGUCUCAUCAGGGGUGACCUUAAGGCAAUUGGAGCAAUUUGGCCCCUGCACCAGGGCAAUCUAGAUGGAUUUUAUUUAUAUCUAUAAUAUUUUGCAGACUUUGGCUGUGAACUGGGGCCCUACCCCCCAAAAAAAAUCAAGUUGCGCCCCACUGCUUCAAAUUGGGCCCCACUGGCUAGCCCUGAGUCUCAUAGUUGCUGGGCCUGAGUUGCCUUGCACUUGCAUGAAGUCUUGGGUUUACAAUUUUGGGAGAGGGGAGACUGCGGCACUGGGGAGAGGGUAGGCUGAUGAAGCCCCCUAGACCUAGAGGCCCGAGUUGCCUUGCCCUCCCACAUCACCAUCAGGAUGAAACAAAAAUAGAUUUUGGGGGGCUCAUUUUAAAUCUGAAUGUGCUGAGCUCCCAAGUAGACAUUUGAUGAAGAUAUGGCAUUCUGAGUCUGUGAUGAACAUUGAAAUCAGGGAUGGAGAACCUUUAGUGGCAAGGAUGUUAUUGGACUCCAACUCCCAUCAGCCUCAGCCAGCAAGAAAGGGGAGCUUAAAUAUUUCCAUCCUUCUGAUUCUUCUCGCCCUGAAUUAUUUUCUCUCAGUUGUUAAGAAUCCACUUCUUCCCUCUAAGUCAUGCCCUCACACUGUUUUGGAGAUGUUCAGUAGAGAUCCAUGCUACUAGAAGUUGAUAUCAGUCUUCCCCUAAAUAUCCUGUUCUGCAGCGUGCCAAAUCUCAUAUGGAGGAUGCGGCAGUGGGCUUAAUUUAGUCCAAUCUUGGUGGUCUAGGGCAGCCACUGAAUGGUGAUUGUGGAAAGGUUAGGGUGGGGUCUCGAGGGGUCAGAACAAGCAGUGUCCCAUCUAGGCCACAGGUAGCCAAUGUAGUGCCAUCCAGAUGUUAGACUCCAGCUCCCAUCAUCCCUAGCCAUGCUGUGCUAUGCUGGCUGAGGCCGAUGAGACUUGGAGUCCAACAACAUCUGGCAGGCACCACGUUGGCAACCUCUGAAGCAAGUGGAGUUACUUUCAGGAAAUCAUUUGGUUCAGGAAAGUGCAGCAGAGGGCAUUCAGGUUCAUGUACAGCAUGUGCCCAGCCUCCCUCCCCAAACCAAUAACAGGUCCACUUAGACACAAACUCAGUGGCUUGGAAAGAGCAGAAUCCAGGCCAGGUGCUAUUACAAGGAAAAGGAUUAGCAACAAUCAGUCCAGUCCAAGAGCAAGGACCAAAGUUCAAGAGUUUGAGAUUAGCAGUAGGAAUUCCAAGGUUGCACGGGAGUUGCAAAGUUGUUGAUAACUGAGACAGCCUGACAUUGGGAAACCAAUUAAUGCACAUAAUGUGCUAGAACGUCUAUGUCUUCGUUCAUUCCACAGGAGAUAGCAUUGAACCUCUCAAUUUAUUGUAAUUUAGCAGUUUCACAUUGUCAUCUCUUUGCGAUGUAAAAAUAUUUGAAAUAUGAUUAAAUUAGACUUCUAAAGCUGACACAAUCAGUGUUUUGUUGGUGAAGACAUCAGAUCAAUAGACCUUGGGCCUUGACUGAAUGUCAACUAAACCAUCUUUAUUGCUUUCUUGAAUUGAUCCACAAGCUGCAAUCUUAAGCACACCUCCCAGGUGGGAAAUUCCACUGAAACCAAUUGCCUCCUGUCCCAGUUAAGAGUGGAUAGGUCCAAGGUGCAAGAAAUGAAGAUUUAUUUGUUAUACUUUGUUAGAUGCUUUAUAAAGCAACUUAUCUAAGCAUUGUACGGAUCAUUUAAAAUACCUGUACAAUGCUUGUAGGACAAUUGCACAGUAAAUCUUAAAACUCCUAGAGCCAAGCAGAAGACAGGGAAUAAAAUCAGGUGGUCUUAAAAGACUUGGGGAGAAGGAAAGGUUUGUAGCCUGACACUGAAAGAAUAACAAGUGGCUUUCCCUAUGGGGAGUGUUCCAUAGCCAGAGGGCCACCACCAAAAAGGCCCCCUCUGAACUUCAGAUUGAGAGAAUGCAUAGAGAAAGACAUUCUUAGAUACAGUUAGCAGUAGGUAGAUACAAGAAGAGGCAUUCUGUCAGGUACCAAGCAGGUACCAUAGGCAGAUCUGUACCUUUCCACCUGAGCAAAGAUUAACCUGUGUUUUUCUUUAUUCACUCUUCCAGUACGACCUCCUCCACCCCAGGUUCAAGAUGUUGUUGUCACAGAGGAUGGUGACUACCUAUUGGCUUGGGAAGCAGGGGGUGGAACAAAUAAAAGACAUUGGCUGGAUGGAGCCCUGGACUUUGAAGUGA